UCGGUAUCGGAGUGUAAGCGCCCCGCAAAGUGUUUACGGCUGUGGCAAGUCUCGUCUGCUGUACAUGUGUGCUGAUGCGGCGUUGUGUUACCACCCUUUUCCUUUAUCACGUACUACCUUGAAUCACCUACUACCCAAAAGACGAGAGAAGUUUUACAUUGAUCUCUAGGAUGGAAGGAGUUGCAGAAGGCACAGAGGGCAUCAAUAAGACUCAAGAUGAAUUGAAUGCAGAAGAGAGUAUGGAGGUGGAGAAUGGCGGACAGAAGGAGGAAAUGGACCAGGACCAAAAAGAAGGGAGUAUUGAGAAUGGUGACGGGAACAAGAAGGAUACAGAGAAGGACAAGGACAAGACGGGAGAAGGUGAAACAGAAGGAGGAGAAGGAGGAGAAGGAGAAGAGGAGGGUUCUGAUCCUUAUGCCUAUACAAGAAGGGAUGAGUUCACAUCAGAAAAUUUCAAAAUUGAAGUUCGUGGACUCCCACGUUACUACCCUGUUGGGCAACUCAAGAAACUACUGAAUGAUACACUGCAGUUAAAUGCUCAUAAGGUGAAGCCAGCUGGCCAGGGUAAGACAUGGGCAUAUGUCACCUUCAGGGAUGAGAAGGCAAGGCAGAAAGCACUUGUGGUUCUUGAUAAGUACAAGUGGAAGAAGUGCAUACUUACAUCUUCGAUUGCAAAGCCAGUGGAAGAUCCACUGAUAAAACAGCGGGAGCAGUCAGACCAGAGGUCGAACUCUGUAUCCAAUGACAAGCUUACCAUCUUGGAGAAGGUUGUGAAGAGUGUCACACCGUAUGCACACUUGUCUUACGAUGACCAGUUGAAAGAGAAAGAGAAGAUAGCAAAGAAUGUGUUGCGCAAGUUUGGCUCUGAGCUGGGCAGGGUGAACCCAGAGCUGACAGAAUGGGUGACAUGGCACAAGCUGCGGCGCAAAGGCCAAGUUUGUGAGAUUGACCCCAUCAUCCCCUCGCCAGUUACUGAUGCAUACCGCAACAAAUGCGAAUUCACUAUUGGAAUCAAUCCAGAGACAGAGCAGCCUACAGUGGGUUUCCGUAUUGCUAGUUACCGUGAGGGAUCCAUGUGUGUGGCACCCAUAGAGCAUCUGUGUCACUUGCCUGAUCCAAUGAAGAAGGUUGUGAAGGUAUUUGAAACUUUUGUGCGAAGUUCAUCAUACAUGCCCUUUAGUCCACUUACACAUGAUGGUGUUUGGCGACAGCUGACUGUCAGAACUACUCGUAAUAAGGACAUCAUGGUUGUAGUUGUGGUUCAUCCUCAACAAAUGAAUGAUGAAGAACUUGGUGCAAUCAAGAAGAGUAUUGUUGAUCUGUUUCUUGAAGGUGCAGGAAAGCCAUUAGGAGUCACUUCAAUAUUCUUCCAAGCAUAUGGCCAGAAAGAGCGAGGAGUUGAAGAGAAGUAUGAACAUCUCUGGGGAGAACAGUUCAUCACAGAGACCAUCCUUGGGAAGAAGUUCCGUGUGUCACCUGAUGCUUUUUUGCAGGUAAAUACAGCUGCUGGAGAAGUACUCUAUGAGACCAUUGGCAAUGUAGCAGCCCUAGAUGGCACCUCAGUGUUACUUGAUGUUUGCUGUGGCACUGGAACAAUUGGCAUUUCACUAGCUGAGCGGUGCUUGAAAGUAUAUGGAGUAGAAUUGGUGAAGAAAGCUGCAGAGGAUGCAAGGUUUAAUGCUGAAAAUAAUGACAUCAAGAAUGUUGUUAUAUAUGAAGGGAAAGCAGAAGAUCAUGUAAAGACAAUGGUAGAAAAUUGUGAGCAGUAUGACACCAUUGGUGUUGUUGACCCACCGCGUGCAGGACUACAUGGGAAUGUGGUCUGUGGCCUUCGUCGCUGUGAGAACAUGAAACGCCUUGUGUAUGUGUCUUGUGAUCCAGCCAAUGCAUGUAAGAACUUUAUCAACUUAGCCAGAGGGAAGAGCAAACAGUACAAAGGAGACUUCUUCAUACCAAUAAGGGCAGUUCCCAUUGACCUAUUCCCCCACACACCUCACUUUGAGCUGGUUAUUCUCUUUGAGCGAUGGGAUGAGUUGAAGUGGCGACGCAUCAUGGAAGGUGAUCCCCUACCCCGUGAUGCUGAGUACUUCAAGCGCAUUCCUUCUAUUCAUUAUGAUGCUAAAAAAGCUGACAGGGAAGGGAAGAUCAGUUUUAUUUUUAUUUUGAUGAUUUCAUUACUGAAGACACUUGCAUAAGUUAUGUGUAACAAUACAUGGGUGAUAUUUUAUUUACAAAUAUAAUGAUCUGCAUUUUGAUUCUUUUUUCAUGUGUCCCUUACCAUGUUUGGUAAAAGCUCAAUUAUUAUAUUAUUCGAGUAGUGUAACUGAUGUUCACGUAAGAAUUGGAUUUGACAUUUAUUUAUUCAUAUUUAUUUUUAUUUUUUACUUUCUACUUUUCUCUCUAUAUUUGAAAUAAGUUUUUCAUGGUACAUGAAUAUGUGUACGAACAUGUAUGUGCAAUUUUCUGUUUGUGUGUUUUUAUGCAUGUGUGUAGUGCACAUAUGGACAUUUGCACAGAUAUGUGUGCAUACAUGUUAUGGCUGUUAGGUAUAUCCAUGCAUGUUUUGCCCAUGUGUAUUGUGCCAAAGAAAGUAUUUAUAAGUGGAGAGGUCAGCUUCAGCUAUUACGAGUUAGGGCCUGUGGUUAAGAUAUUUGACUUCUUUUAUUCUUCAUAUGAAGUCUUUUCAAGUAAUGUUGCAGUGAUAAUAAUGAUAACUAAUAGUUUGAGUAACAGAUAUUUGGUAUGGUUUAUUAGAUGCACAAAGUUAAACUUGUAUUAAGCUACUUAGCAGUAUGACAUGUUAGCAGUAAUAAUGUGACCCAACAGCCCUAUCUACAAUUGAAAUACUGCAAUGCUCAUUUCUGCACAUAAAAUAUGAAAAAGGUGAUUCAAUUGUUUGCAAAGAAAAUAGACAUGGCACAACUGACUGAGGCAAGAAUUAAAGAGGAGCUGAAAAAAUGCGUAAAUUUCAAACUACCUCAACAUUUGACAAGAACCAAUAAGUCAUUAUGUAAAUAACAAAGACCAAGAGUAAAAUGCACCAUUAGUGUGCUAGAGGGAAAGUAGUGCUGAAUUGUUUAAUUUUGAGCAGAUAAAAAUCUAUAAUUUAGAUCUGAGAGUAAUGGGAAAGAAACAAGGAUUACCAUACCUGAAUUAUGGACACAAGAAGAGUAAUCAGACUUACUUAUGCAAAUGUCAUCGCUUUUUAUUAAGGCUCUCACAUAUAUAUUUACAUGGUCAUGAGCUAGUUGAAUUAUUUUAUUUUUAAAAAAUAAGCCGAGCUUAGAAAAUCUGUAUCAGGGGGACAUGUACCUGAAGGGCCAGAUAUUGGCAGGAUGAAAGUAAAACUCCAGAUACAGGUUAUGGUUUGCUCUUGUGAGUCAUCACGGGCAGCUGUUGUUACUACAGUGCUGAGAUACCAAGUUGUGAAACCUUCUCAUAGUGGCUUUCAUGCAUUAUGAACACCCUUUAGUUUUCACUGCAAGGCACUGAAGCCAAUUUUAUGCUGUGCUUUCAGUUUUUGUGUUCUUGAGGUUGAAUGCACGUGUAGAUGGAAAUCUUUUUCAGGAAUUUUGUACUAUUGAUUCACAGUGCUGUUUUGAGUCUUCAGAAAUACAGAAGUUUUUACUCAUGAUUUGUAAUGUAUAGACAAAAUAAAAAAAUGUUAUAAGGGUAAUGCAUUUUAUAGCUAAACCAGUUUUACAAAAAAGAAAAAAAAAUGCUCCUAAUAAAAAAUGAUAAAAU